UAUCCGCAAAUCUGAGGUGACACGCGCAGAGAUUUGCUUUCCGUUUAGCUGGAGCGAGCUGUUUGGCAGUGAUUUAAGAUUACUGUACUCAACAGAGAACCAACGAUGCCUCGAUCUUUCUUGAUCAAGAAGAGGCAAGAGAAAUCUACCAAAGACGCUUUUUAUGAGGCGAAGCCGAAAGGUACGAUCUAGUUUCAUUUUGUGCACUUGUCAUUGACUAUAAAUGCCAGCGCCCGAUCAUUCCAUGUAGGUAACAAGUGUAAUCAUGCCAAAAAAAAACUCUGUUCGCUUUUCUUCACGUUUUCCGUUGAAACUUUCAGAAAAAUUCAUUUCUUACACAUCUCAAUUUAAAAUGAGAUAGUUCUGCCCCGCUUUUGCUGCUUCAAAAUGAAACUGUAAGCGCUCAACAACUUCACAGUUUUCCGGUAUUGCGAUAUUAUUUGACAGUAAAAGCACAUGGUUAACUCGCGAUCUUGCUUUAAAACCAUCAGGUCGCCUACUUGACCUCCGAGGUGAAACUAUCACUGAUUCCGUGCAAAGUCAAGAAAAUUCGACAGUGCGGAGUUGGAACGGUUUCAGAACGUCACUGAUUUAUCCAGCAGAAAUAACAUCGUAUAAUUUCCAACCUCGCGUACGGCCGUUGCAGUGUGCACCGAACCUGAACCAAGAUGAAAGGUUGUUGUUGACACACGAAGAAAUACCCGGAGAUUCCAGUGGGAAAAAAGUGAUGGAAGAAAAUCAACAGUCAACAGAUUUCCCGAAGAAUUCGCGCGCGGUUAAAAAGCACACGUGCGAUGAAUGCCAAAGAAGUUUCGCGACAGUUGCGUCGUUCCGCAAGCACCAUCACCGUCGAAAGGAGUUUGCAUGCAAACACUGCGACAAGACGUAUGUUUCCCUCGGAGCGCUUAAGAUGCACAUACGUACGCACACUCUGCCGUGUAAGUGUACAGUUUGUGGGAAAGCUUUCAGCCGUCCGUGGUUAUUACAAGGCCACAUUCGCACGCACACGGGGGAAAAGCCUUAUCAGUGCCCUAAAUGUCAACGCGCGUUUGCCGAUCGUUCAAAUCUGCGAGCGCAUUUACAAACGCACUCUGCAGUAAAGAAAUACUGCUGUUCAAAAUGUACGCGUUCAUUCUCUCGCAUGUCUCUUCUUCACAAACAUCAAUACACUUGUGGUGGUGAUCAAUGA